CGACAGUCACUUAGUAUUAUACAGGACGACGAACGUCAUUAAAAAGAAACCGGUCGUUGAUUAAGGUACGUCAGAGAAUGGUAGUUGGAAAGAUAGCUGCCACAGCCACGGCGGGGCUUGUUCUUAUCUCCUCCGUUACAGCGCUCCCAAGGAAAAGCUGUGGGCGAAAUGCAGACCCUGUUGAUUAUAGCUUUGCCAUUUCUGCUGAUUCGUCUAUCAAAAUUAGUGAUGAUGUUUUCAGCCGAACUGCUCGACAAGGCAUUAUUGAGGAAAUAGAUAAUGCACUGGAUGACAAUCAGAGCGCCGAGAAUUGUAAGUCAUUGGGAGAUUUCGGAGAGAAGUACGAUACUUCUGAUUGUGGCGAAGGUGACGUGAAUGACCUGUGCGAUGUGAAGUGUGCAGAAGGUUUCCAGGGUGGUUUCACCGAGUACCAAUGUGGUGUCAAUACCGACAAAACUCUCAGCUGGAAGGGUCAGCCACCCAACUGUAGAGGUGAUGAGACCAACAGGUGCAUUCCGCUCGUGUUGCCCGAUAUUUACAGAGGUCUGGACUACAAGUGUCAGCGAGUAACCCCCGGCACUGCAUGUCAGGUUGUGUGUCGUAACACGGCCGUUGAGGGUAAUGGCGGGCAGAGAGCCCAAGUCUGCAGAGAAGACGAGGAUGGUGUGCUAGGAUGGCAGGGUGGCUACCCGAAUUGCACCGGCACUAUUGCGAGUUGCGCCGCCAUAGAUUAUUACGGCGAUGGUUACAUCUCCGAGUGUGGCGCUGGACUAGAGGGUGAUACCUGCAGAAUAUUUUGCUCCGUUACCCGGGUUGGUUCUGCUCAGGAUUUCACCUGUGGAGCUGACGGGCAGUGGCAAGGUACCAAACCUACAUGUAACAGUAAACCGGAUUAUGAACCACUUAAGGAUGUGUUCAAUGAUUUCUUGAUCGGAGCUUCUAUCAGAGACCCUGUCGAGGAGCUAGAGGCCGGCUCAAAACCUGAAACAUUGGUAAGUGAGAAUUACAAUGUUCUUAUCCCUGAAAAUUACUUAGCUUGGAAAUAUAUCUCCUCGAGAGAAGGUGAGUACGACUUUGAGAAGGCCGAUCUUUUGGUAGAGUAUGCUGAAGAGAAGGGACUGCCUGUAAUCGGUCACUCACUCGCCUGGAAGGGCGGAGGUUGGAUCUCCGAGCCCGUAGACGGCGAAGAUCUAUAUGACACUUUGAUGAGACGCAUGGAAAGACACAUUACGGAUGUGGUCGGACGCUAUAAGGGUAGGAUCGGUAGUUGGGUUGUUGUGAAUGAGUGGUUUGACAAUGAUGGUAAUAUCAGACAAGAUUUCGCCCUGCCCAGAACUUUGGGUAAGGAGGGAAUCAAGGCUGCAUUCCGCUUUGCACACAAUGCUGAUCCCGAAGCUAAGCUCUAUUACAACGGACAUCAUCUAUGGAAGAAAGAUAAGGCCGAUGGCUUAGUAGAAUUCUACAAGGAGAUGGUGGCCGAGGGCGUGCCAAUCAAUGGUAUUGGUAUGCAAGGUCAUCAAUAUCAUACUGAAGGACCCACGUACAAUGAGUUUGUAGGUACAUAUGUAACCGCCACUAUCGAUGAAUUCGACUACAGUGUGAAGCUGUUUGGAGAGGCUGGCGCUGAGGUCCUGAUGACUGAGGUGGAUGUGAGUGUAAACCCUGAGGGUUGGAGUUGUUGCCGUGCGCUUGAAUUGGAAUCCCUUCCUGAAGAUUUUCAAGACGGAGUCGAUCCCUACCCUAAUGGACUACCCGAAACAGAGCAGGUUAGAUUGGCAGCACACUACCGCAAGUUCUUCCAGAUGAUUAUGAGAAACAAGCAGUACUUCGCAGCUGUUUACUUCUGGGGACUGAGCGAUGACCACACAUGGUAUAACUUCUGGCCUAUCAAUGGUCGCAAGGACUACCCAUUGUUGUUCAAUGAAGAUUAUCAGCCCAAGCUAGCGUAUUAUUCUGUCCUGGACAUGGUACAACGUGGGGAUUAUUAGAUUAGGAGUUCACGAAGAUCUUACAAAGCCAUUUAGAAAAAUACGUCAAGUGACUGUAGUUCACUUUUAAAGAUAUAAAGAUAUAUGACAAUCGA